AUGCAGAACCCGUAUCCUGCGCCGUCCGGACAGCGUCCAGUAACACUGCUGGAGCCGCCGACGCAGAUGGCAGCGCAGUCGAGUGCCAAUGCGUACAACGACAGCGACACUUGGGGCAACCGCUUCUCUUACGACAACGAUAAGUUCGUCGACGAUGCAGGCGUCGAUGACACCGCCAUGUUCGCUGAUGCACAUGCUCCUAACAGCUUGGAAAAGGCAUACCGUGGGCUGAAUGGGUACCGUGGCAUUUGGCUCCCAGAAGACCGUCGCGCCUUCCGGAGCCAGUCGCUGUUUAUGAAAAUCUUCCGGAUUCUCGUAUGCGUCUUGGUGUGGGGCAUCAUUCUGACGCUAUGUAUCUUGAUGCUACUGUUUGUGUUCUUGCGUCCGCCCAAUAUUGGCCUAGACAAUAUCAAUGUCCCCAGCUCAGACGAUGUGCAAAUCCAAGGCAGCUCGUUCCAGUUCAACACCGAAGUCUUUUUUCAGAUUUCGAACCCUAACUAUGUGUCGGCGACACUGAAACAAGUACAUGCUGUGGCAUACGACGCGACGGAGCAGUCAUUGACGAUCGGCUCUUGCAAAGCCGAUGAUCAAGUCAUCGCUAAGCGCGAUAACACGACUUUCGCACUCCCCUGUCGUCUCCAGUACGAUGUGGCGAAGGAUCGGAACUUGAGGGUUGCACAGGAUUUGGCGACGCGCUGCUUUAAAACCCAUGAGAACUUGAGAAUCCUGCUUAAGGUUCACAUUUCCUUCCAUCUAUAUUCCUUCAGCGUCCCCAUUGAUGUGAGCCCCACGAUUACCAUGGGCUGCCCCGUGACGGAGCAACAGGUGGAGAACGCGCUGGGCAAGAAACUGAGUCAACUAGGCAUCGGCAUAAACUCUCGCCGAAGUCGCUCGGCAUUAUGGACGCCGGACGACCUAUGA